AUGACUACAUCAGUUAUCUCUAAUACUAAGCGGUACGUGCACGCCCUCACACGUGCACCACCCCUGGCAGCACGCCUUCACACGUGCACCACCCCUGGCACCACGCCCUCACACGUGCGCCACCCCAGGCAGCACGCACUCACACGUGCACCACCCCAUUGGCAGCACGCCCUCACACGUGCACCACCCCGGGCAGCACGCCCUCACACGUGCACCACCCCUGGCAGCACGCCUUCACACGUGCACCACCCCUGGCACCACGCCCUCACACGUGCGCCACCCCAGGCAGCACGCCCUCACACGUGCACCACCCCGGGCAGCACGCCCUCACACGUGCACCACCCCGGGCAGCACGCCCUCACACGUGCACCACCCCUGGCAGCACGCCUUCACACGUGCGCCACCCCAGGCAGCACCCCCUCACACGUGCACCACCCCGGGCAGCACGCCCUCACACUUGCGCCACCCCGGGCAGCACGCCCUCACACGUGCACCACCCCGGGCAGCACGCCCUCACACGUGCACCACCCCGGGCAGCACGCCCUCACACGUGCACCACCCCGGGCAGCACGCCCUCACACGUGCACCACCCCGGGCAGCACGCCCUCACACGUGCACCACCCCGGGCAGCACGCCCUCACACGUGCACCACCCCGGGCAGCACGCCCUCACACGUGCAAUACCCCGGGCAGCACGCCCUCACACGUGCACCACCCCGGGCAGCACGCCCUCACACGUGCAAUACCCCAGGCAGCACGCCUUCACACGUGCACCACCCCGGGCAGCACGCCUUCACACGUGCACCACCCCGGGCAGCACGCCCUCACACGUGCACCACCCCGGGCAGCACGCCCUCACACGUGCAAUACCCCGGGCAGCACGCCCUCACACGUACACCACCCCGGGCAGCACGCCCUCACACGUGCACCACCCCGGGCAGCACGCCCUCACACGUGCAAUACCCCAGGCAGCACGCCCUCACACGUGCACCACCCCGGGCAGCACGCCCUCACACGUGCACCACCCCGGGCAGCACGCCCUCACACGUGCAAUACCCCGGGCAGCACGCCCUCACACCACCUCGGGCAGCACGCCCUCACGUGCGCCAAGACACCGUCACACAGCUGCACCAAGACACCGCCACACAGCUGCACCAGGACACCGUCACACAGCUGCACCAAGACACCGUCACACAGCUGCACCAAGACACCGUCACACAGCUGCACCAGGACACCGUCACACACCUGCACAAGACACCGUCACACAGCUGCACAAGACACCGUCACACAGCUGCACCAAGACACCGUCACACAGCUGCACCAGGACACCGUCACACAGCUGCACCAAGACACCGUCACACAGCUGCACCAAGACACCGUCACACAGCUGCACCAAGACACCGUCACACAGCUGCACCAAGACACAGUCACACAGCUGCACCAGGACACCGUCACACAGCUGCUCCAAGACACCGUCACACAGCUGCACCAAGACACCGUCACACAGCUGCACCAAGACACCGUCACACAGCUGCACCAAGACACCGUCACACAGCUGCACCAAGACACCGUCACACAGCUGCACCAAGACACCGUCACACAGCUGCACCAAGACACCGUCACACAGCUGCACCAAGACACCGUCACACAGCUGCACCAAGACACCGUCACACAGCUGCACCAAGACACCGUCACACAGCUGCACCAAGACACCGUCACACAGCUGCACCAAGACACCGUCACACAGCUGCACCAAGACACCGUCACACAGCUGCACCAAGACACCGUCACACAGCUGCACCAAGACACCGUCACACAGCUGCACCAAGACACCGUCACACAGCUGCACCAGGACACCGUCACACAGCUGCACCAAGACACCGUCACACAGCUGCACCAAGACACCGUCACACAGCUGCACCAAGACACCGUCACACAGCUGCACCAAGACACCGUCACACAGCUGCACCAAGACACCGUCACACAGCUGCACCAAGACACCGUCACACAGCUGCACCAAGACACCGUCACACAGCUGCACCAAGACACCGUCACACAGCUGCACCAAGACACCGUCACACAGCUGCACCAAGACACCGUCACACAGCUGCACCAGACACUGGUGUACCGUGCCAGGCCACCUGUUGACCUCACUAACAGUCGCCGGCGCGUGUUUAAGCAGUGA